AAUUAUUUGUUUGUAUAAUAAACUAAGACUUUUAAGAAAAAUUAAAAUACAUUUAAAAUAAUUAGCAUAUUUCUCUUUUAAAAGCAAAAAUCAUUAUAAUCAACAAUGAAUUGGAAGUUACCUGAAGAUAUUGAGAUAGACGAGAUUAUUUAUUUGUAAGAAAAGGUUUAUCCAAAGCUAAAGGAAUCAUUUUUGUAUCUUGUAUAGUACUUGAUGGAAUCUGGAGAACAUUUAGAUUAGUAUAGAGCUCAAAGGAGGGAAGAGUAUGAAUCUCUUCUUCAAGAAAGAGAAGAUUUAAUUAAAAAAGGAUAAUAAGAAUAAGGCUCUGAUUAUGAUUAAAGCUCAGAUGAUGAAAAGAAAAAAGUAGAUCAAAAGAUUAAAAAUUUUGAAAAUUUGCACAAGAAUGAAAUGGAACACAUUAAAACAGAUAGAAGUUAAUAGGAUUCAAAUAGAAGAACUAGCAGAUAAGAGCAAUUAAAUGAAUAUAUAAAAUCAUAGUAAAAGCAAUAUUAUGAAGAUUAAGUGAUAGAAUAGUAGAAUAAUAUAAAUGGCAGGAACAAUCAAGCGGAAGGAGAGGAAUCUUCUAAAUCUUAAAAUAAAUUUAAAAGAAUUGAUAGAUUUUCUGAAGCUUCUUCUGAUAAUGGUACAGAUCCAGAUGAGUACAUAAGAAGAGACAGCUACCAACGUAAUCAAUCUUUUCAUGUCUUUAAUCCUUUAGUCUUUUUAGCUCAAGAACUUAAAAAGAGAAAUUAACAAACAAAGUGA